AUGUCUUCCGCACCCAAGAUCAAGCUGUACACCAACCACGGCUGCCCAUGGGCUCACCGUGCGCACAUCGCCCUGAUCGAGCUCGGCCUCCCGUACGAGGAGGAGAUCAUCGACCUCUCGGUCCCCCGCACGCAGGAGUACCUCAAAGUCAACCCGCGCGGCCUGGUCCCGUCCCUCUCGUACGACGGCGAGAUCAUCACCGAGUCAGCCGUCGUCUCCCAGUUCCUCGCCGACGCCCACCCGUCGCACCUCCUGCCGGCCUCCAACUCCAAGGACGGCGCCCUCCGCCGCGCCCGCAUCGGCUUCUUCGUCGACGCCUACGUCUCCAAGGCCAACCCGCUCAUCUUCAAGGUCUACACCGCCAAGUCCCAGUCCGAGGUCGACGCCGUCGCGGCCAGCUACGUCGAUGCCAUUGCCAAGGAGAUUGAGCCGCUUCUGAAGGACGCCGCGCCCUACUUUGGUGGCAGCGCGAAGCCGACCUUGGCUGAGGUCCUGGUCGGAUCCUUCACUCUGAGGCUGUUCGCGUUUGCUAAGCACGAGCUGCUUCCACCGAGCCUCCUCGCCUCCCUGGAGGAGAAGACCCCUAAUUUCUUCAAGUGGGCACAGGCAGUCAACAAGACCCCCAGCGUCACGCACAUCUGGAAUGAGGACAACGUGAUCGAGAGGACCAAGUUCAGGAUUGCCAGCCUACGAGGGGCCAGCAACUAA